ACGAAUCACGGAGAGAGUCGCCCGCCCCUUCCCCAUCCACCCCCUUAUCGUUCACCUCUGAGCUGAACACCGUACAGUUGAGGUCGAGAGAUCGAGAGAGAGAGAGAGAGAGUGACGCUUCACAUGGCGAGCUAUAAAUGCGAUCGUCGACCUGCUCCUAUUGUUGUUCGUCUCUUUUCCUCUCUCUCUUUUGUCAGGGAGAUUGGGGAGGACUGGUCUAAAAAGUGUCCUUCGGUUGUCGUCUCUUGCUUUGCUCUGUUGGAAGUGGUGGUGGUGCUGGGUUGCUCUCCCUUCGUGGUGCUAUUGGUUAAUUGGAAAGUAAUCGCGUAAUCGGAAGUAGAGAGAUGGCAGAGGACGAGGUGAGCAGCGGUAGGACAUCGCGGAGGGUUAUCCUCAUCUCCGCCGGUGCCAGCCACUCCGUUGUUCUCCUUACUGGUAAUGUUGUUUGCUCUUGGGGUCGUGGUGAGGAUGGUCAGUUGGGGCAUGGUGAUGCUGAAGAUCGACUUCUUCCAACCGUGCUGAGUGCACUGAAUGACCAUGAAAUAGUCUCUGUUACUAGUGGAGCUGAUCAUACAACUGCCUAUUCUGAAACAUUAGCACAAGUAUACAGCUGGGGAUGGGGUGAUUUUGGUAGACUUGGUCAUGGUAAUUCCAGUGAUGUAUUUACACCACAACCAAUCAAAGCAUUACAAGGCCUGAAAAUUAAGCAAAUUGCUUGUGGAGAUAGUCAUUGUUUGGCAGUGACUAUACAUGGUGAUGUUCAAAGUUGGGGGCGUAAUCAAAAUGGGCAGCUUGGGCUUGGCAACACGGAGGACUCACUUAUUCCACAGAAAAUCCAAGCUUUCGAGGGAAUAUCUGUGAAAAUGGUUGCCGCUGGUGCAGAGCAUACAGCUGCUGUGACCGAUGAUGGGGAGCUCUAUGGAUGGGGGUGGGGUCGAUAUGGGAAUUUGGGAUUAGGUGACAGGAAUGAUCGCCUUGUUCCUCAAAGAGUUGAUGCUACAGAUGGACAAAAGAUGGCACUAGUUGCCUGUGGGUGGCGCCACACAAUCUCAGUUUCUUCUUCUGGGAGAUUGUAUACCUAUGGGUGGAGCAAAUAUGGUCAGCUAGGACAUGGUGAUUAUGAGGAUCACCUUGUUCCUCAUUUAUUGGAAGCCCUCAGUAAUGAUUGCAUUUCUCAGAUAUCUGGUGGCUGGCGACAUACCAUGGCUUUAACAUCUGAUGGAAGGCUUUAUGGCUGGGGAUGGAAUAAGUUCGGGCAGGUUGGUGUUGGUGACUUCAUUGAUCAUUGUUCUCCACAGGAAGUUAAAUUUCCAUCUGAACAGCAGAAGGUAGUCCAGGUUUCCUGUGGAUGGAGGCACACCUUAGCAAUUACAGACAAAGGAAAUGUGUUCUCCUGGGGUAGGGGCACAUGUGGUCAACUAGGACAUGGUGACUCCAUUGAUAGAAAUCUUCCCAAGGUCAUUGAAGUGUUGAGUGUAGAUGGAUCUGGUUGUGAGCAGAUGGACUAUUCAAGGACUGAUCCUUUAUCAGGCAAAUCUUUGGUGUCACCAACGGAUCGAUAUGCAGUUGUCCCUGAUGAUAAUCAGACAGGAACAUCGUUGAUGGAAUCUAAGAGCACAAGCAGUGAUGCCAGUGUCCCAGGGAGUGAUGUAAAGCGAGUUCGAGUAUAAGGGGACGUGAAUGUUGCUGCUAUUAGAAAUAUGCCGCCUUCGCUUUGUUCAUGUCUGUUUGACUCCUCUCUUUAUCUAUGCGUCUAUAAUCCAUAUGUGUAUUACCCAUGGCCCUUUUCAAAUUUUCUCUCCCUUAUGAGUCUUGGAACUGUGGGUUGAUUGCAUGUAGUGGACAGUGCAAUAGCAUAUUAUUUUGUUUUCCUUGUUAUGGCCUGGAAAUUUUGUUUUGGCUCUA